CAGACUGGCUGGGGACUUGGCGACUGGACUGGGAACCACAUCUCUCUGUACCAUGCAGAACGGCCUGGGACCUGCUUGCAUCUUCUUGCGCAAGAACAUUGCUGACAAGCAGAGGCAACGUGAACUGAGUGGAGAUGAAAUUGAAGAACUCUGUGAAGCCUUUCAGGAGUUUGACAAGGACAAAGAUGGAUAUAUCAGCUGCAAAGAUCUAGGCAACCUCAUGAGGACAAUGGGGUACAUGCCAACUGAGAUGGAACUCAUAGAGCUGUCUCAACAGAUCAACAUGAAUCUUGGGGGACACGUAGCUUUUGAUGACUUUGUAGAGUUGAUGGCCCCAAAACUGCUGGCAGAAACAGCGGGCAUGAUUGGUGUUCAAGAGAUGAGAGAUGUCUUCAAGGAGUUUGACACAAAUGGGGAUGGCAAGAUCACCUUGACUGAGCUGCGUCAGACCAUGCAACGGUUGAUGAGUGAGACGAUGACCUCUCAAGAGAUUAAUGAUAUGGUGAAGGAGGCUGACGUUAAUGGAGACGGGACUGUGGAUUUUGAAGAAUUUGUCUGGAUGAUGUCACGCUGA